CACAUCAACACCUAGGAAUGGCAGAAGUAGAACUCUCAGCACUGGACAUUUCCCUUGAAGACCGCAUCGCUGCUUCCAAGUCCUCUCGCGGUGGGGGAGGGGGAGGAGCAAAACGUUCCGACCGUCGAGAAAGGAGAAAAGCGCGUUCAAGUACAGGCCCGUACGAGAGGGAGCAGAGGCUGCCGUACUCGAAAGGCAACUCGGACGAACAGUGGGGUCAUGACCUUUACGGUGACAAAAAGAACCGUCAGUUCGCCUCUUCGGGGCAAGAAGAACGCGGGCGGGGAAAGGUAGACUUUUCGGGUGUGAAGGACCUUUUGGGCGGGGGAGGGUUGAGCGUGCGAGGUGCGAGUGGGGAGAAAGGGCGUGUAGUGAGGAUCGAGAACCUCAUGGAAGGGACCAGUGCUGCUGAUGUUGAGGCGAUAUUCAAAGAAGCCGGACCCGUCAGCUCCUCAAAGCUCACACGCACAAAACCUACCGUAUCAGUCGAACUGGUAUACCGCAACCCGCAGGAUGCGGAAGACGCCGUGCGGCGGUACGAUGGGCAGAUGGCGGAUGGACUCACUUUACGAGUUUCUAUUGUCACUGAUUCCAAUGCUGGAAAGAGGGAGGGAGCAGGGGGGAGGGACUUGCUAUCUCGGGUUGGGACGAAAAGGGAUCUGCUGGAAGAUGAUACCUUCGUUUCCAAAAUGCGCUCGGAUACCAUGGAUCAACCUGGGGAGAACCGUGGUUCCAGAGGCCGCAGGGGUCGUGGACGAGGCGGGAGGUCCUGA